UUUCCUAAAACAUUUGACAUUUAGUUGUUUUUGAUGAGAAAUGUAGGGUGAUACGGUUGCAAUAGACUUUGAUGUUACUCGCACAUGUGAUUAAGUGGUUUAUGUUUUAAAUGUGACGUUGUGUAAUAUUUUGUUUGAUAAUGAUAUGCUAUAAUAUCCGGUAGAAUAAUAGUAUAUAUUUUUACUCCGAGAUUGUUAACGAACUAGGAUGCUGCGUUUAAUAUACAAAUUGUAUCUCGACUAAAAAAUGAUGGUCUCUUUGAUCGUUCAUUUGGAACAAGAGAAUAUAAAAUACGAAUUUGAUUGGAGAGGGACUGAUUUUUCAAUCUGUAAUCAUUUUAGCUGAGACUCUUUUGUGCACCAAGACCCCACAGAAAAUAUUUAGAUGACGAUGAAAUUAUUUUUGUACGCAGUUUAUGUCUUCAUAAUUCCACACGUUAUUAAUACUCACUACACUCAUCAAUGGGCUGUUCAUAUUGAAGGAGGCGAACAAGUCGCUGAGGAAGUAGCUAGGGAUCAUGGCUUUACAAAUCACGGAUUGAUAUUCGAAGACUUAUAUAUGUUUUCUCAUAACAAAGUAGCAAAACGCUCAGUAGAACCACAUAUGGAAACGAAAGCUAGAUUAGCUAUAGAUACCAGGGUAAAAUGGGCUAAACAGCAAAAAGCUAAAGCACGAGUUAAACGAGAUAUACACUAUGUUGUAUCUGAUCCAGUAUGGCCAAAAAUGUGGUAUUUGAAUAGAGGUAAUGGUUUAGAUAUGAACGUCAUUCCCGCAUGGAAUGAGGGAAUAACUGGUAAAGGAGCUGUUGUUACCAUUUUAGACGACGGAUUGGAAAAAGACCAUCCAGAUUUAAUUCAGAAUUAUGACCCAUUAGCUUCGUAUGACGUUAACAACCAGGACUCGGACCCAAGUCCUCGAUAUGACAUUGUAGAUUCCAAUAGACACGGUACUAGAUGUGCUGGUGAAGUGGCUGCUACUAGCAAUAAUUCGAUUUGUGCUCUUGGGAUUGCUCACGGAGCGCAAGUAGGUGGUGUAAGAAUGUUAGAUGGAGACGUAACAGAUGCAGUAGAGGCAAGAUCUCUUAGUUUAAAUCCCCAACAUAUUGAUAUUUAUAGUGCCUCAUGGGGCCCAGACGACGACGGUAAAACUGUAGAUGGUCCUGGAGAACUUGCUACCAGAGCUUUCAUGGAAGGAGUUACAAGAGGACGCAACGGUAAAGGCUCCAUAUUUGUUUGGGCUUCUGGAAAUGGCGGCAGGGACUUUGAUAAUUGCAAUUGUGAUGGUUAUACGAAUUCAAUAUACAGUUUGUCAAUAUCUAGUGCAACUGAAAAGGGUUCGGUGCCGUGGUAUAGUGAAGCUUGUAGUUCAACUUUGGCUACAACGUAUAGUAGUGGUGCGUUAGGAGAACGUCAAGUUGUUACGACGGAUUUGAAACAUUCUUGUACGAGUAGCCAUACGGGUACCAGUGCUUCCGCUCCUUUAGCCGCGGGAAUUUGCGCUUUAGCUCUUGAGGCCAAUCAAAAUUUAACGUGGAGAGACAUGCAGCAUAUCGUGGUUAGGACUGCCCGACCAGAAAAUUUAUACGCCAACGACUGGCAAACUAAUGGUGUUGGCAGAAAUGUGUCCCAUAGCUUUGGAUAUGGACUUAUGGACGCUCAUGCGAUGGUCAAGUUAGCUAAACGAUGGAUAACCGUGCCUGAACAACAUAAAUGCGAAAUCUCUGCGUCAUCCGCUGCCAAGAGUAUUCCUGCCAAGAGUAAGGUUACAUUGCAUCUAAAAGUAACAGAUUGUCCUGGCGUGGAAAUUCUUGAACACGUACAAGCAAAGUUGACUAUAAAUUCUCAUCGACGUGGUGAUCUAAAGAUUCAGUUGACAUCUCCUAUGGGAACCAAUGUGACUCUUCUCGCCCACAGACAACAUGAUACUUCGAGGCAGGGUUUCAACUUUUGGCCGUUUAUGUCUGUACACUCGUGGGGUGAGUCACCUAUAGGCGUUUGGCAGCUGGAUGUCCAUAACGAUGGUCGACUAUUGGGAAGGGCAACUCUUCAAAACUGGUCGUUAGUACUGUAUGGUACAAAAGCAUUUCUUUCAGUUCACAAUAGAAACAACAUAAAUAAUAAGUCGAAAAAUAGUAUGUCCAAAAAAAAGAAUAAAAAACUGAAAAGCAAAAAUGUUUUAACCGUCAGCAAAAUAGUUAAAAAAAUAAAAAAACCCAAAACAAAAAAUAUUUUUAAAGAAGUAUCCACUUCUUUUAGUGUGAACACCAAAAAUAAAAAAGACGCCCAAACUAGCACAACAGACAUAUCUCCAUAUUUUUAUGCGACUUCAAACAAUAAACACAUAAUUGAUCAAGAUAGUGUUGUAAAAUAUUUUAAAAAUGUUAAAAAUUAUACAAUAACUUAUCCCGUUAUGACUCCCCAUAGAGACGUAAUUAAAACUUAUAAUACGUAUAAAAAAAAUCAAAAAAUGAAAGAGAAAAGUCGAGAUAUUAAUUUAAAUAGAAAUUCAAAUGCUUAUGUGCAAAAAACUACAGUAUUGACCACUACUUCGAAAAAACCAACUGUUAAAGGAAUAACCACUGGUAAUUUUAAUUGCAUGAUUUGGUAUAUUUUCUAUUUUCUUUCCUUGGUUUAUUUUGCAUGAAUCGAUUAUUUGCUUAUAUUUAUUGUUGAUGAAAGUGUCACUGAAUAAAGCACAAUGUUAUUAUAGAUAUAAUUUUCACCAAUUCUCAUAAUUGUCUAGAAAAUUA